AUGCAACCAACGAAGAAACUGGUGGGUUUUGCCAUGCCAACUGGUUUUGUUGUCCUAAAUCUUCUGCUUUUAGUCGGGUCAUCUCAAGAACAUGGAAAAACCGAUACUAUCCAUCCAAGAUACACACACAAAAAUCAUGAGUCUCUUUCAGUCCUCCUUGCAACAGCAGGUGCAGUACUGUCAAUAAGAUACUUCGACAACUCUUUCAAUAAUUAUCACCAGAGGAUAGGCUUAGCCCUUUAUGGUGUCAUAUGGUUCCAAGCAUUGAUUGGCAUCUUACGACCAAACAGGGGAAGAAAAGGGAGAAGUAUUUGGUUUAUCUUUCACUGGCUACUGGGGAUUACUGCUUCUAUAUUGGGAGUAGUCAAUGUGUACACAGGUUUACAAUCCUAUCAUAGAAAAACAUCAAAAAGUGAAAGGGUUUGGACCAUAGUAUUCACUGUUCAGAUCUCUCUUAUAAUCUUCUUCUACCUUCUCCAAGAAAAAUGGCACUACAUAAAGAAGCAAGGAGUCAGUUUAUGCAAUGAAGCAGUUCAGCCUACUGAUCAAGAAAUGUCUCCAAGAUUCAACCUGAAGGAAACUCCACCUCAGCCCAGUUGA